AUGAGCCAACUUUACCUUGGAGAGGGUAACAAUCGCCAAGAUCUGGAUGUUGAAGCAGCCCUGAAGUCAUGGGCUUCAACCAAGGACGGUCUCAUGAAUUUCGUCAAUCACUGUGACACAGAUACUUACUUCAUCGCUGCUCUUGUGUUGAAGUUGCAGAUGCUGCCGUUGACUAAGGUCCUGACAAAUAUUGCCGGUAAUUCCUGGGCACGUACGCUAAGUGGUACUCGCGCAGAGCGAAACGAGUACAUUCUGCUUCACGAGUUCCACAAGAACAAAUACAUCUGCCCUGACAAGUAUUCUUCUCGUCUACAAAAGGCCGAAGAAAAGAUGCAGGAUGGCGACGACGAUGAGGGCGGUGACAAGAAAAAGAAAGACAAAUAUAAGGGUGGUCUCGUUUUCGAGCCUGAGAAAGGCCUGUAUGACCGAUUUAUUCUGGUCAUGGAUUUCAACAGUCUUUAUCCAAGUAUCAUUCAGGAGUACAACAUUUGUUUUACCACCGUCGACCGAACAUCUGCAGCAGAAAACGAGAACGAAGAGAAGGUUCCGGAGAUCCCAUCCUCCGACCAAGAACAGGGCAUUCUACCCAAGCUCAUUGCUACUCUAGUCGGUCGUCGUCGCGAGGUGAAGAAGCUUAUGAAAGACAAGCGUGCUACAGCUGAGCAGCUUGCUUUAUGGGACACGAAGCAGCUUGCCUUUAAGCUGACUGCCAACUCCAUGUACGGUUGUCUGGGAUACACACAGAGUCGAUUUUACGCUCGACCCCUGGCAAUGCUCACCACCUUCAAGGGACGUGAGAUCUUGAGGAGCACCAAGGAGUUGGCCGAGAGCAAACAGCUACGGGUCAUCUAUGGUGAUACUGAUUCCGUAAUGAUCAACACGAACAUGGACACCAUGAGCGAGGCGCUGAAGGUCGGUGAAGAGUUCAAAAGAUCUGUCAAUGAGCGAUACCGACUGCUCGAGAUCGACAUUGACAAUGUUUUCCGUCGUCUGCUGUUGCAUGCAAAGAAGAAGUACGCCGCUGUGAACAUGACUGAGGUGGAUGGCAAGUAUGUAGAGAAGCUUGAAGUAAAGGGUCUUGACAUGAAGCGACGUGAAUACUGUGCUCUUUCGAAAGAAGUCUCAUCAAAACUUUUGAACGAAAUUCUUUCUGGGGAGGAUCAAGAAGUCGUUCUCAACAAUGUCCACGAGUACCUGCGUGAACUUGCAGGGAAGAUGAAGGAGUUUACAAUUCCUGUUCAGAAAUAUGUUAUUUACACGAAACUAUCGAAAAGACCAAGUGAAUACCCGAACAAAGAGACCAUGCCCCCUGCACAGGUUGCUCUUCGGGAAAUCGCCCGGGGCAAGAACAUUCGGCCCAAUGAUGUUAUUUCCUACAUUGUCACUAGUGGAGACUCAGAGACAUCAUCCUUACCCCCAGCAAAGCGCUCGUAUACCCCACAAGAUGUGCUCAAGCCGGACUCGGGUCUGAAGCCUGAUGUCGAAUUCUAUCUUCUCAAGCAAAUAUUCCCUCCGAUCGAACGUCUGUGUGCUCCAAUCCCAGGUACUGAUGCCGUUCGUCUGGCCGAGUGCUUGGGGCUUGACGCUCGCAAAUAUCAAAUCAACACGUCAAGUUCUACCAACUCACAAAACGCCGAGAUAUUCCCGCUCGAGUCGCAGAUUCCAGAUUCCGUUCGGUUCGCGGACUCCGUUCGACUGACCCUGAAAUGCCGAUUCUGCAAGGAAUCAUCGGUGUUUGAAGGGCUGGCCGGGUCUACGCAGAUGUGUACUGCUAAUGGUAUUGUUUGCCCCAACCAAAACUGCGAGAAACCAUUCGCAGUCAUUACAAUCAUUGCACAGCUGGAAAACCAGAUUCGCGAACAAACAGCUCAAUACUACGAGGGCUGGCUUGUUUGCGAUGAUUCGGCUUGUGGUAACCGGACUCGCCAAAUUAGUGUCGCUGGCCAUCGCUGUCUAGGACCACGUGGACAUGCUGAAGGAUGCUCUGGUCGAAUGUCGUACGAGUUCAGCGAGAAGCGGAUCUACAACCAGCUGCUCUACUUCUCUGGACUCUGGGACGUGGAAAAGGCCAAGAUUGCAGCCAACAAAGAAUCUGGAGAGAAAAAAGAUAGUCUCGCAGCACUUGCUGAAUUCAACCGAAAUCGGUUUGCUACGAUUAAGACAGUGGUUGAUGGAUACCUAAAGAAGUGCGGCCGACAGUGGGUUGAGAUGGAUACUUUGUUCCGUUUCAUGAUGCAAUAA